UGCAGCUAGCACUCAUAACAUUUCUUUUAAAAUAGUACUCUGGGCAAAGCGUUCGUGCUCUCGUUUAACGCUAUCGAUUUGUCGUAGCAGAGCUAAAAGGACAACAGACAUAGUUUGGCUCUUUCGGUAAAGGCUUACCACCUUUCGACGUCCUGGUUGCCUGGCAAUUUAUCCUGCACGACGCGUAGAAACGAACAGCGGCGUUCACCCUAACCGAAACCGCGUCUGUGAGACCGUCCGCGAGAAAUAGACAUGGUGGCAAAUAUACUUUCGGGUACGCAGACAGCAAAAGAGGUUCGGGAAGCUCUAAAGGCUGAGGUUGCUGACCUGAAAGCGAAACAUCCAGGCUUCCAGCCAAAACUCGUCAUCGUGCAGGUUGGCGGUCGCGAAGACUCAAACGUGUACAUUCGUCAGAAGCUUAAGGCUGCCGCCGAAGUGGGCGUUGAUAGUGAACACGUGAAAUAUCCACGAGAGGUGAGCGAGGCAGAAUUGCUUAGCGGUGUCCAGAAACUUAACUCUGACCCUCGCGUUCACGGUAUUAUAAUACAGCUUCCACUUGACAGCAUCGCAAAAAUCGACGGAGGUAAAAUUUGCAAUGCGGUAUGCCCUCUCAAGGAUGUCGAUGGCGUCCACAUUGAGAAUGCAGGACGAUUAUCUCACGGUGAGCUCGAAGGAUUCUUUCUGCCAUGCACUCCUCGAGGAUGCCUUGAACUAAUCCAGAAAACUGGUAUUGAAAUUUCGGGCAAGAAUGCAGUCGUAAUUGGACGCUCGAAAAUUGUAGGCUCCCCUAUGGCAUGCAUUUUGCGUAACGUUAACGCUACAGUGACGAUGUGUCACUCCCGAACAAAAGAUGUCCCUUAUUGGACUCGUCAGGCAGAUAUUAUCGUCGCUGGGGUCGGUGUGCCAAGGUUGGUGAAACGUGACUGGGUUAAGCCCGGAGCUAUUGUGAUCGAUUGCGGUAUUAACUCAAUCCAAGAUCCCACGUCCCCUAAAGGCUCUCGGUUGGUUGGCGAUGUCGAUUACGAUGAGGUGAAGGAAGUGGCUUCAUGGAUCACUCCAGUGCCUGGCGGCGUCGGACCAAUGACUGUAGCUAUGUUAAUCAAGAACACAGUUAUAUCAGCAAAACGAGAAGUCGUUGGCACUGUGAAAAACUUCUAAACAUUUCCAGUUCACUGAUGAUGGACUGUAGAAACGGAACUUCAUCUGUAGCUGACGUGUAACGCGAAAGCAGACAAAAUACAUUUACUAUAAAUUAUGUCUAGCGAUAUUAAACCUUGAACCAAAUAUUCAUCACCUAUUCUGCUAUCUAAAAACGCUCUAAUAAACGUCUGCGUACGACGCCUUUACAGUUGAA